AUGAAGAACUCGCAAUACAUGAUGCCAAUUGUAUUUCUGGCAGCAUGUUUACUCUUCUGUUCAGCAGAGGCAGCAAGUUGUGCUUCAUCAAAUGUUAAGGCUGCGUAUUGGCCGUCUUAUACGGUCUCAUUCAUGCCUCCCGCCUCCAUCAACACAGCUCUCUACUCUCACAUCUUCUACGCCUUUGCAGGUAUGAAUGACCAAACAUUCCAGGUGGAGGAGCAGGAAACGAUGGGCGAAUUCACCACAACAGUGCAGCAGAAAAAUCCAAGCGUAAAAACGCUCAUCUCCAUCGGAGGCGGAGGAUCCAACUCGACUGCCUUUGCUCUCAUGGCAAGCAAUCCGAUUCGGCGUGCAGUCUUCAUAAAAUCAGCCAUCGCCCUAGCCAGAUGCCACGCUUUCCACGGCAUCGACCUCGAUUGGGAGUUUCCCAGCAACACUAGGGAAAUGGAGAAUUUAGGCAAAUUGUUUUCCGAGUGGAGGCACAGCAUAAAUUUGGAGAGCAGAUCGUCGGGCAGGCCUCCUCUUCUCCUGACCGCAGCCGUGUAUUUUGCGCAGAUAUUUUUCUUAUGGGGUGAGCUCAGAAGCUACCCGGCGGCUUCCAUUGCCAAAAACCUCGACUGGGUAAAUGUGAUGGCCUUUGAUUAUCACGGUUCAGGGGACACUUCAGCCACGGGAGCCCCCGCAGCGCUUUAUGAUCGCACCUCCAACGUUUCCACCAGCUAUGGGAUUUCAUCUUGGGUGGACUCCGGACUGCCACAGGAAAAAAUUGUAAUGGGGAUGCCGCUUUACGGGAAAUCUUGGGUCCUCAAGUCGCAAAACCAGACGGGCAUAGGAGCUCCCGCUGUGGCGGCUGGUCCCAAGCAAAAUCUCAGCGACGAAAGUGGUACUAUGUUCUUCUCGGAGAUCACAGACUUCAUACGGGACAACCAUGCAACCGAGGUGUUUGAUAUGGAAAGUGGCUCAGCUUACUGCUACAUUGGGGAGUUAUGGGUGGGUUAUGAUAACCAGGACUCGGUUGCUGCCAAGGUUAGAUUCGCUAAGCAAAAGGGCCUUUUGGGAUACUUCUUCUGGGCCAUUAGCCAAGACAGUAACUGGAUAUUGUCCACCACAGCUUCUCAGUCGUGGGACAAAAAUAAAAUGUCAGAGAAUAUAAAAGCUAAGUAUGACGUCUGCGUAUUUUCUGGCAACUUGCUAUUCUUUCAGUUUUUUGUUUUUGUUUUGAAGAACGGAAUACCUACUGUUCUUAACCUGUGCUUAAUAGUUUAUGUUGCAAUUGCCAUGGCUCUUUGGGUGCAUAAAGGCCAUUGUUUUAUGAAGAAUUCAGAACUUUGGCAGUUUCUAUUGCAGAAAACUAUUGCUCUUGAAAUAUUUAAGAAAGAAUCAGAGUUUUAUAGCACACCAAGGGAUAAAAGUUCUGGCAAAGGUGGUUUUUUUCUUUUUUUUAAACUACGAGUCCUUCAUUCAAUUGUUUAUGCUAAGGGAAAAAUUGGUUCUUGUAAAAAAUUUAAUAACAAAGAAGGGCUUUGCUCUUAUAAAGGAUGUGUCGAAGUAGAGCAAAAUAUCGAGCUUUAA